AGCAACGGUGGACUUCAUUUCCCACAUGCCUCAGACAGGAUGUUUCUGUGGGCAGGAAGUAAAGCAAAAGAUGGAAGAAGUGACCGCAGAUCCAUCUACCAGAAGUUCCGUGAGUAUGAGGUGCUGGACAAGAGGAAGACGGUGACAGCUUUGAGAGCAGGAGAGGACAGAGCCAUACUGCUGGGCCUAGGCAUGGUCUUCUUCUCUGUCAUGAUGUACUUUGUCGUGGGAAUCACCAUACUGCGCUCUUACGCAGAAAGUGUGUGGACUGAAGAGGUUAGCUGCACAAUCGUGAACUCCACCAUCAUGUGGGAUGUAAACUGUUCAUACAGUUGUGGGUCAGAGUGCUGGAAGAGCUCCCGUUACCCCUGUCUCCAGGUCUACGUCAGCCUCAACUCCUCGGGAAAGGUGAUGCGACUGCUGCACAACGAGGAGACGCAGGACAACAACCCCGAG